GCCGGCGCCUCCGGGUGCUGCGGGUUGAGGUCGGGGUUCCCCGCGGUGGGCGUGAUCUUGGGGAGUUCAUCGUGAAAUCAGAGGCUGUGUUACGGGAGAUGGGGGUGCUUUGCUCUAGAGACCUGUGGGAUCUCUGCAGAAUGACCAUGAGCCGGGCCUGAACUCGGCUGCCAGCAUCUGCAGGCCACUGGGCCAAGCUCUGAGCCUCCGGUGCCUCCUUUCCAGGCCUGCAGCAUGGAGGAGGGUGCACCCCUGGGCGGCCUGGCCAGGGUGGUUCAUCUGCUGGUCUUGUCAGGGGCCUGGGGCAUGCAAAUGUGGGUGACCUUCGCCUCAGGCUUCAUUCUUUUCCGAGGCCUCCCCCGGCACACUUUUGGCCUCGUGCAGAGCAAACUCUUCCCGUUCUACUUUCACGUCUCUGUGGCCUGCGCCUUCGUCAACCUCUGCGUCUUGGCUUCACAGUACUCCUGGGCUCGAAUCACAUUCUGGGAGUCCAGCCAGGUCUUCCUGCUCCUGCUGAGCUUGGUGCUGGCUGCCGUCAACGACCGCUGGCUGGAGCCCCGGACCUCAGGGGCCAUGUGGGCGCUGUACAGGGUGGAGAAGGAGCGCGGCCUGGGCCAGGAUGCGCCGGGCAGCCGCCGGGGCCCUGACCCCUACCGCCAGCUGCAGGCCCAGGACCCCAAGUACAAAGCCCUGCGCCAGACCUUCUUUCGCUACCACGGCAUGUCGACCCUCUGCAAUCUGGGCUGUCUGCUGGCCAACGGCCUCUGUCUCGCCGGCCUCGCCCUGGGUCUCCGCAGCCUGUAGCUGCUCACUGCCUCUGGCCCCGCUGGGGCUCGAAAUAAAUCCAUACACUUUGGGAA